UCAAUGAUUGAUGUGUCGAUUGCAUGGGAACAAGUCGAACGGGUUUCGCCUCGCCAGCCGCUGCGCCGCGACUGUUUCUUGCUCCGUGUUCAUAGCAUGAAAAGAACAUGGUCAGGCCGAGCAACCCCAGUCAACCCUGUCAGGGGACAAAGGUAAUGCUAUCUAUGAGUAACUGGUCAUGGCACUAAAAUGUAGAAGGGUUCUCGACCUUGACUGUUGCUAGACUUCAGAAUGUGCUCCAGGGAUCCUUCACUCUAUUAUUCUUUACCAUGUGGUUCACCUGUGAUUCUACACGUCGUACAGAACUGCAUCCACAUAUGAAUCUCGACACUACCCAUGUGUGCGCGUACUUGUCUAUUCGUGCCCACGUUCAUUCACGUUGACGGCAAAACUGCUCAAGUUGUGCACAGGUAUACGUGCAAGUGUUCUCAGUGUGGGAGCUAUUCAAGUCUCUUCAACGUUACAUUAUACGAAAACCAAAUAAUCAAGACUUGUUUCAACUUUGACACUAAUUCCACUGCAGCUGUGGUUUGAUUCUUUCCGUCCUGGUGCAUGAGCAGAUUUCUCAGAAAGUUUUGUGCUGUACCGUGGAUGAAGCCAUAGUUGUACUAGUAGAGACUUACUUUGGACUUACUCGGGCGGAACCGCGUUCUCUUCAAGACUGUGUUCGUCGUGUGUGGAUUGCUGUCAGUCCCAGCCGACCGUGGCCAGACCAUGAAGCUGCGGUGUAAUUGAACAAUGGUGCUUGUGUUGUGUACCGGCCUAUCCAUGUUUCAAAGUUGUAGUUCGGUGAUACGAUGGAUCGCUAAAACCAGUCAUAAGGCUGGUGUUGAAGACUAUCCCUUAAGUCGCGAAUAGGGAAACCGUAUGAUCGACCGUCGUCGUAACUAUACUACUAAAGCAACAAGAUGAGUCGAAUGUGGAGUUUUCUUUGUAUCCUCCUUGCAUGUCAAGGGACACUCGCACAGUUUUACUCCAGCAACGAAAUACGUCGUUUCUCGAGGGAUGUCGGUUCGGACAUGAAUGGAAUGCAUAGUGCGAUAUACAGCCGGGAGGAAACCCGCGAAAUACAAGAGGAAAUCCUCAACCUUUUGGGCUUGAAGCGAAGACCGCGACCUGAAGCAGUCAAAAGCACGCAGAAUCAUUCGGCGCCAUUGUUUAUGCUGGAUCUUUACCGUUCCUUGAAUAUCAAGGAGUUUGAAGAUGAGGAUUUGGAGUUGUAUUUUCUGUCAGACGACUCGGUACCGUGGAUGCCUGGUACUAUGUUCAACUACACGCUAAAUGAGGUAUCAGCCGUAAACCAAGCCGAUACAAUCAUGAGUCUUCCAGUUCAUUACAAAGAGAGAGCGCUUGCCAAGCACGGCCCACAUCGAUAUCACUUUGAUCUGACCCGUAUACCAGAUGAGGAGACGGUAACUGCAGCUGAGCUACGAGUUUUCCGCUAUAACACAAAUCAUGCACCUGGAAACGGCACCUAUAGGAUAAACAUCUAUCAAGUCAUACCCCAAGACCAAGAGAGUGGAAGAUCUCGAUCCAUGGCAUAUCUGGAUGGGCAAGUGGUCGGACGAAGCGAUCAUGGCUGGCUAGUCUUCGAUGUAACCAUGGCAAGCUCGACAUGGAGAACUUUCCCUCGAGCUAACAUGGGAUUACAUGUGACCGCGGAGACAUUAGAUGGAGAGUCGGUGGAUCCCUCUGCAAUCGGUCUCGUAGGAGUAGACAGUGAACAAGGCAAGGAGCCGUUCAUGGUGGCGUUCUUCCAAGGCUUCAACCAGCCUCAGCCGGCAAGGGUAAGAAACCGGAGAAGCACACCACGGAAAAGCGCCAGGAGGAGGCAGCGACCGGAGACCAUCAACACCAAUACCAACUCACUCAACGACCUGGGAUCACCGUCCAGAAACCCUAACUCGGCCUCAGUUCGGCAGCGAGAGUGCCAGAAGAGGGCACUGCAGGUCAACUUCAGGGAUCUCGAGUGGCAGGACUGGAUCAUAGCACCCCAUGGCUAUGCGGCUUUCUACUGUGAAGGUGAAUGCGCUUUUCCCCUCAACGACUACCUAAAUGCCACCAACCACGCCAUCGUGCAAACACUGGUCAAUCUGAUGAGCCCAGAGGCCGUACCCCAGGCCUGCUGUGCACCCACCAAGCUCAGCGCCAUAUCGGUCUUGUUCUUUGACGAUAGCUCCAAUGUCAUCUUGAAGAAGUAUCGUAACAUGGUGGUUCGUGCGUGCGGCUGCCAUUGAAUCGGCCGGCCGCGUGCACUACUUUAUUCAAAGGAUGACACCGACAAGUGACAUGUUUUAGUGUUGUGAGGAGAAGGCUUAGUAUAUCAGUCAAUGCCAUCCUUUAUUUUGAUACUAGGAACACUUUAAUUUGACAGACAUGUCACAUAGUCGGAGGUACAAGUUUGUAAAAAAUGACCAGUAUGACCAAAACUAAUCGGAUCAGCUGAUCUGAUUGCCAUGGUUACGGAAACCAAUACGACUUGGCUGUGCCAUUCUUUUGCGCGUUCAAGUUCCUUAGUCUAACCCCUUCUCUGCUAACCUACAAUACAGAAUGCCUAAUUGCAUUUUGUCCCCAAAGACUGUGAUAUGGUUGUGCCAAUAAAUCAAAACGAUGUUAAUCCUAUGAAUGCUAAAUGGUGACAAGACUUGCGGUGAAUAUAAAAUUACAGUAAAUUUGAGCAAGAAACCUUAAAUCUAAAUCCGAUUUAAAAACAUGAAUAUAUGUAGGCCUAAACAAGCAUUUGCUUCAAACAAAUGGACAACUUUUUUUGUUAUGUGCUGUGUGGGCCUCGUCCGAGUCGGCUUUUCUAGGGUUUCAGCUUUUGACGAAGACACCCUACAGUCAUUGCAUUUAUCAAUUGGCCUUUUGGGCUGAAUGUCCCUUUCUGAUAAAGUUUGAAUGGUAUUAAUUGAAAUGUCUGAAGUUUGGUAUGUUAUGCAGUAAUUCCAUACCACGCAGUACAAUCAAGAUUUUUGUUGACCUGCUCCGGAAUAGGCCUAAUACAUUUCGACGAGACUGACGUUGUGACAGAAGUACAUUACUGGGCAAGGACCACAGGCACUUUAUUGAAAAAGAAGUUAAACAAGAAGGUUAAAUACGUGCCUUAAGUUGAAACGAGAUAAUAAUUAAUUUUACAUACUGAAUUACGGUACUACCAUUGCUUCGUUAUGGAAUACUGUGUAUUAGUGGGCGGAUCCAGCUUCUUUGAAUGUUGGGUGAUCCUUGUAUAAGCUCCAGUAUGUAGAACGCACCGAACGCCCGCUAAGCAAACCUUAUCGAGCAGUAAUGUGUACACAAAAGCUAUCUGUGCCGCCAUAGUUCAUUCGUCAUCAGUAGCAUGAGAAGAUAGCUCCCAUGGGAGGUCAGUUUUCGCUACCAGCAAAAUGAUCACUCACGACCAACAUGGCUAUUUUAUGACGGAGUGCGUCUGCUCGAUCGAGGCGGUAAUAUUCCCAAAACUUCGCUGUUUCGCCAUUUGUGUAUGUGUUUUCUGUCCAUAUUCACAGGCCAGUGUCAAAAGGCCUUGUCGGUCCAAGACGAUUUAAAUGGCAUGAACCUAACUGUACUCCAAACUAAAAUUGUUAUUGAAGAUCAGAGGGUUGUUCAGACAGAAAACGAAAGCAGAAUAUGAAUGUUCCGAUUUUUUCCCCCGAAAAUUGUAUGGCUGAAUAACAAAAAUACGACAAUAUUACAAUGUGCAUGGGUAUGCAACAGAAUUUAACGUGCCAACGAGCCAGUUAGGUAUUCAAAAAAGCCAAGGUCUUUCUGGAACAAAGCGCGCCCGUGAGUCAGCGUUUGGCUGCGCUGAUACUAGGGACAUACUGUAGCGCGCGCGUGUAGGUGUGCCCUUAUAGCCUCGUAAUGGGCAUGCGCAGUUGGAAUACCACUCUGGCUCAUUGUGAAUUUCAAAUAGAACUUGGAGGUACAUUAAAACAGCCUUAUGAUGUGUAUGAGUAUGUUGUCAGGCUUGGUCAAAAAGUUUACAAUUAUUGCUCUUUUUAAAGGCAUUAAAUUUCAAUUGAACAAAGGGUUUUCUUUUAUCCCUGAAUUUUGCUGGGCUCGAAAUUCUACCCACUUUCGAUUGAAAAUUUUAGCUUUUUGAUUGAAAUAAAUACAUUUCGAAAUUGUCAUGUCAUACCAUAAAUGGAUUAGGGAAAACAGCCGAUGUUUUACAUCACCUUUCCAGGCUUGGGCAAGAUUACAUUUAUUACUUAUUUUAAUGGUUUUAAAUUUCAAUUCAUUUAAAAAUGCUUUUACAUAAUAUUUCUCUUACCAAAGUUUUCUUUUUCUUCAAACUGAACCACUUUGGUUAAAAUAAAUACAUUUUAAAUUUGUAACGUCCCUCACGUCAUGUAUAUUUCACUCCCAAUCGAGGUGUGGAAAUUAACGACCAGCUUCGAUCGUGGCGGCGGUUACUUGACCAGACGUUCGUGAACCAUACGGAAUUGUCCUUAGCAACUUGCUAAUCCUCUGGUGAGCCUUCUCGUUUUGAAGACUUCGUUUGUACAAAAUUAACAGAUGAUAACAUUGAAACUUUUUAUGUACUCUAGAAGGCUUAAACCGAAUAAAACACCACAGAAUCGUGAAAACAAUGCCACAUAAAUAUGAAAAUUAGCCUCAAAGUGAUUGCUGAGAUGAUACAAUAUUUCCAUUUUCAAUCGAUUUCUUGGUCUUUUUCCCCCGCUAAAUUCCUCAAUUUUAGAGGUUUCCCUGAACAAUGAGACACUUUAUACGACAGUGUCUCACUGUGUAGUUGAAUCUCAAGUACACAAUACAGUAAGUUUUAUCUAGCUAGAUUUUUUGUUCGACUUCCAUGAGUUUUUUUAGACACUUCCGCGCAUCGCAAUCUACGUGUUUUACAUGCACAAAACCGAUCCAGCCGUGCAUGGUACACUACGAGCAACGGCCUGUUACACGCGUACUGACGUACAGUACACAUGGAUGUAAUCAUGGUGCUUCCUACCUCCAUGAUUGGGUGCACAUGUGCGUGUACAUGUACAUGGAAAUUAUGCGUUGGAGCCGGUGUACAUGUUCAUGUGGUUCAUGCACGUAUAUUUAUAGUACAGGUAUAUGUAAAACUGGGGAUAUGUACUGUGACUUUCAACAUUUCCUGGUACUGUUAUGACAGACGUCGGUUUCAAUAAUAAACUUCGUGGUAACUUACUGUACUUUUAAAUGUGUUUGUCUUUCGUUCCCGAGUCACGGAAUUCUUACGCUCGCAAGGCCGUAAGAUUAUUCGGGAUAAACGGAAUCGGUCCUGAGUCCGGUCAUAGAACUCGAUGGUUACGUCGAUAUACAAACGCGUCCGGUUGGGAAGAGAAAAAAAUCUAGCGGAAAACCCUCAGCAAAUCUGUACUGACGCACUCUACGUGACGUACCAAAUGCGCUGCAGUGUAGGAAGAGUUACAUUGCACAGGUGUUAUGUAUGUAAGUCGUUGGGCCACUUUGGUUGUCGGCUGGUGUGUUUCAUCAUCCGUUUAAGACUGACCGAAUGGCGGGCCCUAGGCAAAUACUGUAGGAAUGAGGAAACCGUUUUAGGCAUUUUAUGAAUGUUAGAUUUUAAUAAACCAGUAUUACGUUAUGGUCAACAUUAAUAAAUUGCAUAUUGUGCUAGAUGUUUUGUUUAAACACAAUGCCAAGUUACCAAGUUGGUUAGAAUAAUUAUGGGCACUAAGUGUUUGCAUAUUUUAUUAUGUGGGGCAGGUUUAUGCUAUUGUGAGCAUCUUUACUUAAAGUAUUGUAACAUAUUUAAAUUUACCUCGAACUUAAUUGAUCUAACUGUAAUUUGUUAAUUAUGCAUGGUUUAAAUGGCAUUUGUAAUUACAUGCACAUGUAUUAUGCAUUACUUCGUAAUGGAACGUAUCAGUCAAGUGCACGCUGUGAUGUUUGAUAACGUUGAAGAACCACUAGCAGACACACAUUGCCGUCGUGUAAUCAAACUGUUUCUUGUUCGGACUGCAUAAAUACACAUGUACAUACAAGUAAAACA